AUGGCCGCAAUACGUACACCAGGAGAGGCCUCUGAGUUCUUUUCCAAUCCCCAAAGGGGCUACGAUGGGAUGACGGUCGAGGAGACUGAAUUUCUUCGUGAUCUGAAAGAUCAAAAGGACGUUUACUUCACAGACACUGAAACUGCCGGCGACCUCCUCCUGCAAGUUUCGGUCGUCGAUUCCAAGGGGGAUGUCGUCUUUCAGGGGCAUGUCAACCACGGCUGUGCGACAGUUGAUCAAAUCUGGGCUUUGGCUAUGAAGUGCAACAACGGCGUACUACAGCAUUUUGCACACUUUUCUUUGCAGAAGGCUUUUGGCCCGCCGUCCUCGAAGAAACCGCAUGGCCAUACUAUGCAGUGGGUUGCAGAAGAAUUCCUGAAGUUGAAAAAGCAGGCUCCUGGUAUGAAGAUUGCGGAGUGGUCACAGUACCCCUUCGAUCAACAUAUCUAUCGAAAGAACUUGAAACGAGCCUUGAUUGAUGACAGCAUCCUUCCGCCCCCUUCAAACUGGUUCGGCCCAAUGACGUGGUUUCGAAGAACACAACCGUCGCUGGCAGGGUAUAGUCUUGGAUACCUGGCUUGCCUCUAUGCCCCAUCGGAUCUCGUCUGGAAGUGGCACGAUGCUACCGCUGAUUCCAAGAUGCUAUUUGACAUUAUGCUAACGCGGUCAAAGAAGCUCUUUGAAGGAGAGGUCACAGUAUCGCCGCCGAGUAUGUCAAUUCAGCGUCUUUUCGAAGGCGCUGAAUACAAAGAUAAGGCGUCUUCCGCUGGAAACACCCGUUGGCUCAAACAUGAGCAAGACAUUUGCUUUCGAUAUGUCGAGGAGCAGCUGGAUCGAGACAGUUCUAUAGAGGUAUGGGACCUCCUAACUGGAGCUAGUUACUUCCUCAACGGCAAUGACUACUAUCGAACCGCCCAAGCUAUCGACGUUCGUCUACGUAAAGUCGUAUCAGCAUCGAAAGAUCAGUCUCAUCUGGCACAUAUCCUACCACAUUACAAAGCCGCAUUAUCUUCACAGGUUUGGAAACACAGAACUAUCUUGCGGCGUUUGGCUUCAAGACCGGAAGUGAAGGAAAUGGCAGGCGAGAUUGUCCAGAAUCUUUACAGUCAACGCAGCUCGAUAGCCUCGACUACGAGCAAGCAAUUCUGGGAUGAAUUCCGACGCCGUGCACACGAACGUGUUGAAGCAUACCCAGGUCUAACCAAGCAAGAUGUCGAUCUUGCGUUGCUGGUGGUACAAAACCGUCAAGCAACGACCUCCUUUCGCAAGUGCAUGAUUGCUCUGGCAGCUGCAAAGGCUCAAACCCGACAGCUCAAGCGUGCUCGACCAGGAGAUCCUGAACAGGAUGACCUGGCGGAAGAUCAACAAGGCCCCGGGAAGCGACCGAGACUCUCGCUCUUCGAGGACAGCAAAACCUGUGCGUCUUACUCCCCACGACGAGAUUCUGGAGAGACUGUUGCUCAGGAUGCUAUUAUUGGCUAA